CCAUAAAGCGCAAGUGGGGUCGUUUGCGAUGUUCGUAGCAAGAUGCGAACGAAUGAAGUUCGGAGGAAAUCAGGCAAUGCUGACGUACGAUGGAUACAGCAAGAUUGCCAAAGAAUAUGAUGCAUGGAAUCCGAUCGAGAGCGAUGAGGAGACUGAAACCUCAGACCUCGAAAUCGAGGAGCGAGUGAAACGUAUGCGAGAGGGAAUGAAAAACGUGCCUGCAUGCAACGCGCCAAGCCUCCAGGAAGAAGAACUUCGCACGAAAUCGGCGGGUACGAGCAGUCCAACGCGUGACGUGACGGACAGGGCGAGUUCCAUUGAACACAUGCAAACGGAUUCGCUUACGCCAAUUCAAACACUUGAGAAUGUACUGAUUCAUGGCAAUCGUCAGGGGUUUCGGGAAAAGGCUCAAUCUCGAGGAAACCCGGUCAACGAAAUGCGGCCAGACGAUGACGAGGAUGACUUUGCGGUUCCAAAUGCCCUCCCGAAGCUGAUGCCCGGUGAUGAUAUCCCUGAUAGCAUUGCGCAGGCCAGUGAACGACCGUACUUCAUUCCAGACGAGGUGCCAGAAACGACGUCUGACAAGUGGGGGCAUCACAUUUUGUGGCAUAUGGACCUAUUUGAGCCAUGCAUUGUACAGGGGAAGUGGAAGAUGGCAGUCCAUCUAACAAAAGGAUGGAAAGUCAGAGCCAGACUGGAUGAAGCCUCGUGGCUGAAAUUGACGAAGAGCGAAAUCGUAUUUCGUGUUAGGAAAAAAAACGACGGAGCGGAUGAAGCAGCUAUUGAGGAAAAGGCUCGAUUGCUAUUCGAAUGUCUUCACUCCAAAAACCGACUGGAAUAUAAACACAAAUUCUAUGACUUGGAGUCAAGUCGGUCAUAUAAGAGCAUCAACUGGAAGAUCGAUCUUCCUCAAGCUGGCCAUGGCGUUGAGACAAUCCGGUUGGGAUGCUCACAGAUUGGGGGGGAGUCAAACACGCAGUUUGCAACGAGUGCUGGGGAAGCGAUGAGUCAGAUAGCCAGCAAGAUAAUGGAGGCGGCCGAGGUUCCACGGAAUGUCGACAAAGUGGCAUCGAACGUUACAUCGUACGGACCUCCUCUAAUAACGCAGACGGGAAACGAGUAUGCAUCGCAGAUGGCGAGCGCCACUCCUUCCGGGAGUGGGGCUGUUGCAAAUGAAAUGCAACAAGGUGGGUAUGCACAACGUGCGAGUGAGAUGCAAAAUGAUUCCGAUGAGAUGAUGAAACUGCUAGAUGAGACAGAGAAGGAGGAGACGAGGAAGGUCGAGGGACCAACCACGUCGAAGUCGGUGAUUAAUUGCAUUUCGUUGAGUGAUGAAGGGAUAGACGGAGUUGUGGAGGGGCGCGAUGACAAUGACGAUGCAAGGGCAAAAGUCGAUGAACAGCGACAAGGGGAUGACGAAGGACGACCUGCAAGACGGUCGACAAGAGAAGUAAAGAAAAAACAUCCAAUUAAUGUGUAGAUAUGUGCAGAGGAUGAGUUCGGGUUGGCGUGACACUCG